AUGGAGGUGGAGUGUGAGAUGGAAAUCCCUGAGGAUGAAAGCCUUGUUACACUGUGGAUUCAGGAGAAUAAUGCAGUUGUUAAGAGAUGGAAGGAUUUCAAAACAACCGGGAAUAUCCAAGCUUUGAAGCAGACAUUAUUGGAGUGUGAUUCAGAGCUUUCACUUUUGCUUCAGAAAGUACAAGGUUUACCACCCACAGCCAACAACCUUCCCUUGGAGCUGACAGUUGUGUACAACACUUUGUUAAUUCGCAUUAAUAUAACUGGUGGAUUUCUCUGUGAACAUCAAGAACAACUGAAGAAUGCCCUGUGCCGAGUGCUUGUGACCAGGAGCCAGGGAGAGGUGAGGGAAACAACCAUCACAGAGCUAUGGAAGAAGGUCCUCGCUGCAGGGCAUCCUCAGGACACAUACUCUGCUUUGAACAGAUUAGCUGGAUUGCAGGGUGCCUUGUGGCUGGCAGAAAAUCUCCUGGAGCCUAUGGUGAAUUUAUUUCACCUUUUUAACCAGGUACGUUUCCAUCAGGUGACAGGUGGUAUGUCAGAUCCUACUUUGACAUAUAGAAAAUGCAAGUUGUUGGAGUUGAUCAAAGCAUGGAAAGUUCCUCAACAGGCAGAGGAAGAAAUUCACACUCUUCAGAGUGUCUGCCAUUUAAAAGAUAUGCUGUAUACCUCUGCUGCUUUUCUGCAAGGUUUGGCUUCAAUGGAUGCUGAGGAUUUCCCCCAGGCAGUGAACCUCUUACAAAAAGCUGCCAGCAGCUUGUGUACUAGCAAAAUAUUGUCUGAGAUCUACACCUGUCUUGGCUGGUCCUUCUACAAGAUGGCAAAGCCACAAACAGCCCUGCAGUUCUGGAAGCAGGCUCUGAGUGUGAAUUUUCAGUGUCUCCCAGCACUGUACCACACAUCCCGCCUGUACAGUGACAUGAGCAGGAUGGAAUCUGAACUGGAGGCUCUUGAUCUACUCCACACUGAAUUAGAAAAUCAUUCUACGAUGCCCAGCUUAACAGAGACCUUAUUUCUGUUUAGAACUGAACUUCUGCUGAGCGUCUCAAUUUUGAGCCGCUAUCUCCAUGUACCAAACUCCUGGGAGGUGAAGUAUCUCAUAGCAAAUCAUCACCUGAGAAGAAAUAGCACUGAACAUGCAGCAGAACAUUACAUGGAUCUGAUGACCGCAUUACUCAAUGAAUCUCAGGCAGAAAGUAUGUAUCCCAGCCCUGCUACCCUGCCCAGAAUUCCGGUGAUUUACCUGGAAGCUGCCGCAGCGCUUUUAGAAACUAAAAGGUUUCAGGACGCUAUCACAGUGAGUGAAGAAGUGUUGGAAAGUCUCAUUCACAUCACAGCUGGCAUCGCAACCAUGGCGGAAGCAGAGACUAGUCACGAGUCUAAAUCUUACAUUGAAAAGCUGAACAGUGUCUUGUGGGCAUCCACAGCUCAUUUCCUUCAAGGAGAAGCUCAAGGGAAGCUGGGAAAUCUUAAAGAGUCAGUUACUGCAUACACUAGGUGUAUAAACCUAAUGAUGAAAGUUCAGUUUGCUGACUCUGGUUUUUUUAAGGGUAACGAUCACAUCAAAGAGCUUAAAGUAUUUACAGUUCUGAAAGCAUCAGCCUUUUUGGGCAGAAGUCACCAGUUCUCGCAGAUGGGGGAUGAAAAGAGUUCCAAAAUGAAUGUGAGACUUGCCCUUCAGGCCAUACAAGGGUUUCCAGGUACAUUCUUCUGCCUUAUUGGAUUGUUGUGGAAGACAGAGCAUAAGAAAGAAGUAGCCCAUGAAUUUAGGAGGUGGAGGUACCAGGGUAAAAUGGAGUACCUACUUGAGCAAUAUGAAGAAAUAAAGAGGUAUUUGCCAGUGCACCUGAUUGUUUGCAUCCAAAAAAGCUUCUUGCUGGACAAGUCACUGGUUCAAGAAUUGGAGGAUUAUUUGCAAAAGGAAGAAAAGGAAAAUACUAUUGACUCUUAUCAAAACUUUACAAAAUGUUGAGUAAC